GUUUUAUACACUUGAAUUCAUCAGUCUUUUAUUUUAUGGCUUCUAGGUUAUAUGUCUUCCGUAGAUCUUCCCUACUCUGGGUUUUGUUAUUUUUAAUCCUCCCACAUUUUCUUCUAGUGCAUUUACACUUGUGAGAGGUCUGAGGGAAGAUGGUGCGUUUUGAUGGCCACCACAGUCUGCCCUUGCACCACACAGAUCUGGUGCUUCACACAGGUUUGGGGAUCAGCGCCUCCAUGAGCUCACCGGAAGUUUACAGAAAGAAGAUUGGGACAAUUACCCCCUAUAUCUUCUCAUCCUUGAAGACUCACUUCAACCAACACCACCUUCAGAAAAUCCUCCCUGAUACCCUUCAUUCUCAUUCCCUCCCUUCCCACAACCUAGGUAGUCCCACAUCCACCCAGCCUCAUCUGACUGCAGGUCCCCAGGUAAGCCUGCCCUCCUACAACUGUUUCCUGAGGCUCUUACCUUUGCCUGCAAUAUCCUCCCCUACCUCUCCUGGGAAGCUCUUAUUUGCCCUUCAAGACAACUCAAGUUUCACCUCCUCAGGGAAACCUUCUCUGAUUCUUCUCCUACUUCCCUCUAGUUACACACGCACACAAACACACACUUGCACGCACACACACACACACAGAGGCUCCAUUACACCAUCACCAACCUUUAUGGUGGGACCUCAGCUGAGCAGUAAUUGCUUGUUCAUGUAUCUGCCUCCCCCAUUAGAUUAUGAGUACGUGAAAGCAGAGAUUGUGAGUUCAUUUUGUCAGCACCAGUGCCUAGCCUAGCACUUGGUCGUUAAUAAGGCCCUGUUGAAUGAGAGAAUUAAAACAUUAAAAGUCGCAAGAUUAAUUAAGAGUGUAGUUUUAUGAUUGACCCAUUGUGGCAUAACUCCUGGUGUAAUACACUAUUUAACAUUUUGCCACGCACAUUGCACGUGUUCCAUAAAUGUUUGUGAACUGAAUGAAUGAAUGAUGGCAGGUGAAAAUCUCUUAAUUAGAUCCAGAGGGUCCUCUUUAUUUGUACAAUCCAAACAAGAAAGGCGUUCGUUCUCAGACACUGAAAAAAACUGUGUCGCCAUCUUUGUCUUACAAAAGACUCAUCUGAAUGAUAAUGAGUGUAGAAAAUGGAUUAGCUCCUGGGUGGACAGGUUUUUUCUGUUUGUUUGUUUGUUGUUUGGUUUUGUUUUUCGGCUGGGUAAAAACGUAAAAGAGUGAUGAGUGCUCCAUGGCUUAGGGAGAUUUAGUCCCCUCUUAUUUUCCAUGAUUUUAAUUUUAGUGCUUAUUUAAUUAAGAAAAUUAAACUAUUUUGGGUACAUUAAUUAAAAUUGAUAAAAAAUAAUGGUUCCUAGGGUUGUGUUAAUGUUGAUUUUUAUCAUUAUUUUAUAACUCUGGAGAAAUUGGUUAUCAUCUGUUCUUGGAUUCUAGUGAUAAGGCAUCAUUAUCACCAGGAGUAUUCUACUAUUAUGUGGCCAAAAUGUGCUAGUAAUCAAAUUUUUAAAAUGAUCAAUAAAUGUUGCUAACCCUCACUGUAUGUAUUUCUACAUAAUAUGCAUCAAAUAAAGUACUGAAUUAUUUUUAA